AUGGCCAAGUCACAUUGCCAGGGGAUGCCAGGGCAUCCUUUCCAGGACAAGGAUACAGGUGCGGGUGCCGGGGUCCUGGCUGCCAUCACCUGCUGCCUCUUGGUUGCUGGCAGCGGGGAGGAGAUCGAGGUCGUUGUGGCCGCCAAUAAGGCUGCGGACAAGGCCGAGGACGUGGCCACCACCAAAUUGACCGCCAGCAUUGUCGAGGACUCCAAGAGCAAGACGGAGAAGCGCGACUCCUCGGAUCAGACAGGCGCCUUGUUCGCGGGACCAUCAUCCUCCAAAGAGCCACCGUUCCGACCAAUUUAUCCCUCCGCCGGCAGCUACUUUGAGGCAGCAACAGCGGAGACGCAGACGCCCAUCUUUGGACCGACCACAGUGCGGUACACAGCGGCAGAAGCAGCGCCCCAGCAACAGCAACAGCAACAGCAACAGCAUCAUCCACACCAGCAGCUGCCGGCGCAACAGCAACAGCAAAAGCUGCAGCAACGCAUUCAGUACAUUAUUGCCAUCCCACUCUCUUAUAUGCGGCAGCUGCAGCAACAGCAACAGCUUCAGCAACAGCAGCAGCAGUUCAUCAGCGGUAGCAGCAGCACCACUAGUAGUACCACCAGCACGGCUGCACCACUGCCCACGAGCCGGCAUCCGUUGGUGCAACUGCUUGGACCGCUGGCCCGUGAUCACCAGGGUCUAUAUCGACCCUACUAUCAGUCGGAUGCAGCCAGUGCCCCAACAGCGGGUCCAUCUGCAGCUCCUUCUCCGCUGCAGCCGCAACACCAGCAGCAGCAAUACCUGCAGAUCCCCACCAGCAUUCUGUUGGCUGCCGCCCAGCAACUGCAGCAGCAUCAUCAUCAACAGCAUCAGCAGCAGGUGGCAGCCUAUGCCAAGGCUUCAGCCCAACCGUCAAUCUCUCCUCCCGCCCAGUUUAUCUAUCAGCAAGCUCCAGCUCCGCAGGCACAGCUCCAGUUGCAGCGGAUUUUCCUGCAGCCACCGCAGCCACAGACACCCACCAUUUACGCCGAGCAGCAGCCGGGUCCACUCUAUGCAUAUCCGCUCCAGCAUCAGCAUCAGCAACACCACUUGAAACAGUCGCAACAGCAGCAACACAAGUACACGCCAGCAGCACAGCAGACGUUGCCAACAGCGGCGACAACAUCAACAACGAGCUCAACAGCAGUAGCAGCAGCAGCAGCAGCAACAGCAAAAGCGACAUCAACGACAGCAACAUCAGCAACAUCCGAGGCAGCAGCAGCAGCAACUGCCACACGGCAGCAACACUUGCCCGUGGUGCAUUACAAUCCCCUUUAUGUGCAGUCACCCGCUGAGCAUCAGCAUCAGCAGCAACAUCAAUUUUCCAUAUUGCCACGUUUCAGCAACAAUAACCCAAAGGGCUAUGAAUCAGCGGGUCCGGCUUCGAUCCCAAUACAUAUUGUCAGAUUGUCGCCAGGCAAUGGGCCACCGAUCCACCAUUACCAUCACUACCAGCCAGCAACCCUGCUGCAUCCGUUUCAAUACCAUCAUACUGCCCCGCAGCAACAACAGCAUCAGCAGCAGCAGCAGCAACAACAGCAAUACCUAUCGCCGUACACUGGAGAUGGUACAAAGCCAGGUUCACCUUCAGGUUCAGCCACCAUCUUGGCUGGACCCACUCCUGCAACCGGUAUGACCGCUGCCUCACCGGCCAUUAUACCAUAUUUCAGUCAUCCGGGUGCCGUGCAUUAUGGCACGCAUUUGUAUCACCCGGGAGCAGCCACAGCGGUGGGUGCAUCCUCGGCGGGAGUGGGAGCGGGUGGACCCGGUGUGGGUGUGGGUGUGGGCGGAGCAUCAAGCCCGAAGCAACAGACGACCGCAACAAGUGGGGGACAGCUGCCAGGUGGCAGCAACAAUAUUGUGAAAUAUCCCUAA